AUGAUCAGAGUUGAAGAUGCGUCCAUCGGGACGGUAUGGGUGACCUGUCUGCUCGCAGUGGGCCUGUAUUUCAUUCGAUCGAGACUCCUCAGCGACCAAUUCGCUGGCUUUCCCAGUGUCAACUCUAGGAAACCCUGGGAAGUGCUCAAUGUAUUCGCGCACAGGAGAUUCCAGCAGAAUGGCCCCGAGUAUCUCAAAGCUGGGUUUGCCAAGUCGCCCGUCUUUGGCGUGGUCACCGACCUGGGCCCAAAACUUGUGGUGUCCGGGGCCUUCAUCGAAGAUUUCAAGGAUGAAAAACUCUUAGACCAUUACAGGGCGAUGGUCGAGGACUUUAUGGCAGAGGUCCCGGGCUUCGAGUCGAUGUUUCUGGGCAACCUUCACAACACGGUUCUGCGCGACGUGAUUUCCGUUAUCACGCGAGAAUUAGAUCAGUUUACGCUUCCUCUGUCAGAUGAAGUGUCUACGGCCCUGGGCGAUACGUGGUCAGAUUCACCAGACUGGACGGAGGUGACGCUGCUUCCGAGCAUGCUGGGGCUGAUUGCACGAGUCUCGUCUCUCAUAUUCGUGGGCGAGCCGUUGUGCCGUGAUCCCGCCUGGCUGGAGACAGUCGUGAAUUUCACCAUCGUUCGUCACCAGGCAAUCCUCGCUCUGCACAUGUGUCCUGCGGUGCUUCGACCGGUUCUGCACUGGUUCCUCCCUCCGUGCCAGAAGCUCCGGCGGGAAAUCAAGACCGCCCGGAGCCUGAUCAAUUCUGCUCUGGAGGAAUUGCGGAAGAACCCGCCCACGGACAGAUUCUCCAGCCUCGCCUGGGUCGACGCUUUCGCCAGUGGCAAAAAGUAUGAUGCAACCAUGGUGCAGCUAAGACUGGCGAAUGCCUCUAUCCAUUCCAGCGCCGAUCUCCUGGCCAAAGUGCUCAUCAACCUAUGCGAGCAACCGGGCUUGAUCCAGGACCUACGGGAUGAGGUGAUUUCAGUCCUCGAGGAGAAUGGAUGGCGCGCCUCGACGCUGAACCAACUGAAACUCCUUGAUAGUGUUUUGAAAGAAAGCCAGCGACUGCAUCCUAUUACGACUGGGACAUUUUCGCGCUUUACCCGGCAGAACAUCAAGCUGACCAAUGGCACGGAGAUUCCCACGGGAACGCCUGUCAUGGUGACGAACGACGUCGCGGGGGAUGCGGCCAUCUAUCCUGAUCCAGAGGUCUUCGAUGGGUACCGGUACUUGAGAAUGCGCGAAGGAGCCGACAAGGCCCGAGCCCCGUUCACGACGACGGGCCAAAACCACCUGGGGUUUGGGUACGGGAAGUAUGCCUGUCCUGGGCGAUUCUUUGCAGCUACGGAGAUCAAGAUAGCACUCUGCCAUAUGUUGUUGAAGUACGAAUGGCGGCUAGUGAAGGACAGUCCGCAUGAUAUGCUUACGAGUGGGUUUGCGUCGUUCCGUGACCCCAGAGCAAGGAUAGAAGUUCGAAGACGCGCGCCAGAUCCACAAGAAGUAGUAUUGACUAUAAAGUAA